AUUUCCGGUCAACGCCAUUUUCGAACGCCUUGUGGACUGCUGCUACGAUUCGUCUGAGCCGUGCUGGGAGACUUUGACGCAGAUAUAACUGUUAUUGAUUGAUAUUUUUGUCAACCCUUCAAAGGAAACCAGGAUCCUUCGAAAUGGGAGAACCUGCUCAUCUCAGAGAUUGUCCUCUGGAUUGUAAGGUAUAUGUUGGGAACUUGGGCAACAGUGGAAACAAGACUGAGUUGGAGAGGGCGUUUGGGUACUAUGGCCCUCUGCGUAGUGUGUGGGUGGCGAGGAACCCCCCAGGCUUUGCCUUUGUCGAGUUUGAGGACCCCAGAGAUGCAACUGAUGCUGUGAGAGAAUUGGAUGGACGGACGCUGUCUGGCUGCAGAGUGAGAGUUGAGUUGUCCAAUGGCGAGAAACGCUCAAGGAGCCGUGGACCUCCUCCCUCCUGGAGCCGUCGCCCUGGACGUGAUGACUACAGCAGCAGGCGCCGUGGGAGCCCGCCUGUCAGACGCCGCUCUCCAAGGAGGAGGAGCUUCAGCCGCAGUCGCAGCAGGUCUCUGUCACGAGACCGAAGAAGAGAGAGGUCUAUCUCCAGAGACCGGAACCAUAAACCUUCAAGGUCCUUCUCAAGGUCCCGAAGCCGCUCUAGGACCGCGGAGAGAAAGUGAGUGACCGUCUGAAGUCGAAGUCCAAACCUGAGGAUGUCUCCUUGUAUUGAAUCAGGUUUUGGAUGAGUGCGUUUCAUUUUUAAAUGAUUAACCUUUUAGAUUUGUUUUUUUUCUUCCUUUUUAUGAAGUGAAACGGCCAUGUCUGUCCAUCUCUGAAACAAUUCCGUCUUUGCAAACUGUAUGUUCACAAAUUACUGUCUUUAUUUGACCAAAUGUGUCCUGUUUUCAUUUUUUAAAAUUUACAUUACACAUUGUCCAAUGGGGUAAAGGAUUGGUGUUGACAAAUUUUUUGUCCACUUGGCAAUUAUUUCCCCCCAUAAAUUCUGAAGUAAAUACUUAAUACAGGAAGUAGCUGUCACACUGCAUGUUGAAGGAGUUGAAUAGAAUGUGGUAAUAACUCAACUACUUUGUGUUUUGUUUCUGUUAAACUGUUUGAAAUGAUUGAAUUAAACAUUUGGUAACGUU